AUUCGCCUUGCCUCGCCGUCGUCGUCUGCGUCUGCACCACCGACUGCGACUGCUGCUGCCCACGCAGCGUCCCGUCGUCGUCGUCGCCGCCUCACUCACUCCCCCACCAGCUCCCACCCGCGCCACCUCUUUUGCCUCUCCCCGCCUGCGACGCGCUUGCACCGGCGCGCGUCUUGCUCCGCACUCGCCGCGCCGCGCUGCUGCUCUCCGCGUCCAGCAUCGCCCUCGCCGCCAGCUCGCACGCCUCUCGCGGCACCGCCAGCGUGCCGCACGCCUCGCCCUUGCCGCCGCAGAGCGCGCAUGAACAGCUCGCGGCCCGGCAGCAGCAGUAGCAGCAGCAGCAGCACCCGCCCCAGCAGCAGCAGCGCCGCCGCCGCUGCCCGUCUCGUCGCGCACAAGGCAAAGGACGCCGCGUCGACCUCGCCGGCCAUCGCCUCGGCCUCCGUGCCGCUCUACCGGCCGGCCAGUCUGGCGUCGCAGUCGCAGGCGCAGUCGUCGUCGGCGUCUGCCCAGCAGCGCUCUGCCGCCGCCGCCGCGCCGCCGCCGAGUGCCGACAGCGCCGCCUCGCCGCCGCUCCAGCGAGCGCCGCCGCGCCGCAGCGCCAUCUUCAAGAACUUUGCGCCCAUCGCCGCCGCGCCCGCCGCAGCGUCGACAAACACGGCCGCGCAGCCUCGCGCGAGCUCCGGCAGUACCGCCAGCCAGCUCAGCGAGCCUGCCGCCGGCUCCUCGCCCGCCGGCAGCAGCAUGUUCGCGCCGAACAUGCCUGGCCGCGGCAACGCCGGCCCUGCUGGCCCGUCUGGGCCCUCGUACCCGCCGCAGCCCUACCCCACCGCCGGCCCGUCUGCCGGCGCCAACGGCAUGCCCGCGCACAAGCAGCAGGCGCAGGGUGCGCCGGGCAUGGGCGGCGCGGCCAACAUGCGCAAGCGGCCGCCGUCGCAGAGCCCAGACGUGCGCGCCGCCGACAAGGACAAGCGCCUCAAGGCAGAGGGCGGCGUGGCGCCGAUGCACGAGAGCUCCGAGGCGUAUGCGCGCACCAUUGCGAAUCUGCAGGGCCCGGCACCUGACGCGCGCAUGUGGGGCGAAGAGGCGACCAAGCUCGAUGUGUACGUCUGGGACUACCUCACGCGCCGAGGCUUCAACCAGGCUGCGCAGUCGCUCGUGACCGAGGCGGGCAUGGUCGACAUCCCGCAGGUGCCGCUGCGCACGCCGCAGGGCCUGCUGUUCGAAUACUGGGCCAUCUUCUGGGACGUCUUCGCGGCCCGCACCGGGCGCGGCUCCGCUGAGGCUACAGCGUACCACGAGUACCGCGAGAGCAAGCUGGCGGCUGCGCGUCGGGCCGACCAGCCGGCUGGCGACGAUGGCAACUCGGCGCGGCUGCGCAACGGCGCUGCUGCCGGCCCGUCGUCGUUUGGCGCCGGCGCAGCAGGCUCUGCCGCCGCUGCGGCCGGUGCUGUUGCUCGCCCGCCCGGCGCAUCGCCGUUCGCCGGCAUGCCGAGCCAGGCUGCGGGCGGCCCGUCCGUGCAGCAGCAGGCGCAGGGGCCGGCCCAGCAGGGCGGCCCGCAGCACCAGCGGACCGCCUCUCAGCAUCAGCCGCCGCAGCAGCAGCAGCAACGCCCGCAGCCGGCGCAGAUGCAGCAACAACAGGCGCAGCAGCAGCAACAGCAGCAGGCGCAGCAGCAGCAGAGCCAGCAGCAAGCGCAGCAGCAGCAGCAGCAGCUCUUCCUCGCCGCGCGGCAGCAGAACAUCUCCAUCGACGAGCUCAAGAGCAUGAGCGUGCAGGAGCGUGUCAACUUGAUGAACAACCAUGCGGCGGGCGGCAUCCCGCUGGUCCGGCCCGGACAGCAAACGAGCCUUGCAGGUGCCUCUCCGCAGGGCGAUGCGAGCAUGCAAGCCCGUCUGCAGCAGCAGCGCCAAAUGCAGGCCCAACAGCAGGCGCAGCAGCAGGCACAGCUGCACGCACAGCAGCAGCAGCGCGGCUCGUUGCAGCAGGCGCAGGCCGGCAACGCAGGACCUGGUGCGCCGGCAGGCAUGGCCAAUGGCGCGCAGCGGCCCGGCCCCAUGCACGCACUCGGCAACGUCGGCUCGCCGAGCAGCGGCCAGCCGGCACAACUCGGCGGCAUGGACGGGCGCCGCUCUGUGGGCCCUGCACAGACGCCCGGCAGCAUGCACGGCAGCCACCCGGGCACGCCUGCACAGGCGCACGCACAGCCGGGCCCGCACCAGCAGCAUCAGCGGCAGGGCACAAACGAAGGCGUCGUGACUGGUCCCGACGGCCAGAAGCAGCCCUACAUCUCUGCGGAGCAGAUGGCUGGGCUCAUGAGCAACUACCAGAGCCUGAGCACGCAGCUGCGUGAGGAGUUUGCGCUCUUCCAGGGCACGCCGCCGGGCACGCCCCUGCAUGCACAGCGCCACCAGCACCUCCUCACGCUGCAGCAGCGGCAGAAGCAGAUCGACGCCGUGCUGCAGGCGCAGCCGCAUUUCCCGCAGUUCCGCGCCCAGCAUCAACAGCAGCAGCAACAGCAGCAGGCGCAGCAGCAGCAACAGCAGCAGCAGGCGCAGCUCCGGGCGCAGCAGCAGCAGCAACAGCAGCAGCAGUCCGCGCAGGGGCAGCCGCAGCAGCACCAGGGUCACCCUCAGCAUGCUCUGCAGCAGCAUCAACAGCAGCAGGCACAGCAGCAGCAGGCGCAGCAGCAGCACGGGCAGGCUGCCGCGCAGCAGCGUGCCAUGCAGCUCAACCAGGCCUCGGGCGCGCGCAUCACGCCCGCCAUGGCGACGAGCGACCCCAACUUCAUGAUCAGCAUGAUGGGCGGCGCGUCUGCGCACGGCGGGGCGGGGCCGGGCGCGGCUCAGCAGCAGCCCGGCCAGCAGCAGCAGCAACAUCCGCAGCACCCUCAAGCUCAUCAAGCGCAGCAUCAGCAGCACCCGUCGCAGCAGCAGCACGCGUCGCAGCAGCAGCACGCGUCGCAGCAGCAGCAGCAGCAGCAGCAACAACAACAACAGCAGCAGCAGCAGCACCAGCAGCAGCAGCAACAGCAGCAGCAGCACCCGAAUGCGCAGCCUUUUGCGCAGGCGGGCUCGCCGGGCGACGCCAACCAGCAGCAGCGCAACCCAAUGGCCUUUGCGAAUCCGUUCGCCGGUGCGGCCGGAUCAUCAGCGCAGUCAGCCCGCAGGCCCAGCGUGAAUGCUGCGGACGGGCAGCACGGCGGCGGGCCGCAGGGUCUGCACCCCGGCCAGCAAGGGCAGCAGCAGCAGCAGGCCGGGCCGUCAAGCUCACAAGGCGGCGCACCGUACGGCGGACCCCAGGCGCGGCCAAUGCUGCAACGGGCACCCAGCGGCAUGGGACCGCCAGACCCGCCGAGCAUGACGAGCCCGAGCCCUCGGCCACCCACUGUCAACGGCACGCAAGGCGUGCAAGACGGUCCCUCGCCGGCUGCAGUGCCCGCGACGCCCAAGCAGACUGCAGCAGAGCGCAAGAAGAAGGAGGCGCGUGGACGGGGCAAGGCCGCAAGCAAGACACCAGUCAUCCCGCCGGCCACCGUCCCGUCGAACAACGGGAGCAACGGGCCGUCAUCGUCGAGCGCGCCGCACACUGCCUCCACGCCGGUGGCGCCUCCGACGCCGGCCAGCUCGAGCGUACCGACGCCUGGGCGCGAGCGAGACGGCGCGGGCCACUUGCCGAGCGACGCCGCCGCCAAGCUCGGCCAAGUCGGCGGUGAGAGCAGCGCUGCUGGCAACCAUCCAUCGCAGUCGCAGCAGCCUGGCCCGUCCGCCGGCCUGAUGGGGUACGGCAUGGGCGACGUCGGCACCAGCCAGAGCGGCUCCGGCGCAUUCGGCGACGGCAGCGCGGCCUCAGGCACGGCUGGCGACGCGCUCGGCGGCAUCGGCGGCGAGUUCGGCAACUUUGUCUUUGACGGCUCGGCGCUUGACCAGUACUUCCUGCCGGAUUCCGGCGACGGCAACGGGCCGUCUGAUGGCAGCGGCGGAGGCGGCGGCAACGGCUUCGGCGUCGACGACUGGAACUCGUUCAGCGUCUUCGGCGAUCAGUGAAAGACCGUGCCACAAGCCACUGCGCCGAGUCCUCACGCAUCUCCUGCAACGCCCCGGCCCUCCGUGUCACCUCGUUUGCGUCUUCGACCUCAGGUCUCGAGCACGUUUCUUAUCGUCCCAUCGUGCCACGCCGCAGUCACGCUACCCGAGCCGUGUCCAGUGUGCUGCCCUUUUCUGUGCCCACUUCCUUGCUCAGUCUGCCGGCUGCACCGCUGCCUUUCGAGCCCUCGCCCGCGUGCGCCGCGCUCACUCUAGUACCCUGUGGCACCCCUCUCACCUGGACGCCUGAGACAAUCAAAAGAUGUGAAGCUC